UUUUUUUUUUUUUUUUUUUUGAACGGCAAUUUUUCCAUUAGUUUAUUUCAUUUAAUUUGUUUUCAUUAAAUCCGACAGACCCUACGUGCUAUUUUCAUUUCAUUUCAUUUAUUUUUCUUUUUCCAAUUGAUGUUGUUUUUCUUAAUAGAGGGAGCACACAAGAGCCGAACAGCGGUUCCAUUCAUUCAUUGAGUCCGCUGUUCGCCGCACUCACAUUCACUUCUCCCAAACUCUGACCGGCGAUUUCUUCUUGCCCCAUAAAAAUGGCUAGCAGAAAACUUGCUCGUGAUUUCUUCUUCUCCAAGCAACGUCUUUUCCUCCCCUUUUUACCCCAUCAACAGUUCCAGCAAUCGAAUUCCAAGCUUAGGUUGAUUUCUGGAAAUGGGUAUUCGUUAAAUCGUCAAUUUAGUGUGUUUAAUGAGUUUUCCAACAAGAUUAAAGGUGAAGCUUCAAGUAAUAAGGAAUUCCAACAAUCAGUUAAGCAGCUGAAAGAGAAAGCAGAUGAGUUAAAAGGAGUAAAAGAAGAUCUUAAAAUCAGAGUGAAACAGACAACUGAGCAGCUACAUAAGCGUGUUGAUGGUGUGUGGACAGAAGCUGAAGAGACUGCAAAGAAGGUUUCUGCAAAUAUGAAAGAAAAGAUAUCAUCUGCAAAAGAGGAGGUUAAAGAGACUCUGGGUUUAAAAGGCCAAGAACCUUCAGCAUCUAACAAUACUAAGGAAAACGAAAGUGGUAAUGUUAAAGAUGAGGCUAAAUCCUCAUCUGGUGAGCCACACCAGCAAUCUGAGCCUAGCGGUACUGUAGAGACUUUAUUUAGUAAUUUUAGGUCAACUUUUGCUUCGUCUUCUCCCAAGUUUUCAUCAGCCUUCAAGAAAUUGAAGGAAGCGAAGGUAGCUGACUUAGCCAAAAAGAGUUAUACCAUAGUGAAGGAAGAAUUGAGUGGAAAACCAAAAAGAAGGAAAAGAAUGCAGUAUUCUUCUUCAUCAUCAACAGGAGAAACAAGUGACAGAACUGAAGUUGUUGUGGUACCAGUUAAGCAAUCCCCAUGGAGCAAAAAGUGGGAGUCACUAAAAGAAAAGAUGCGAGGCAGUCCAAUGUUUAAACGCGUCACUAGGAUAAGUGAGCCUGUGGUUACAAAGAGCCAAGAGCUGGCUGAAGAUCUACAGGAAAGAUGGGAAACUAGUGAUAGUCCUGUUGUACAUAAAAUUCAAGAUAUUAAUGACAGAGUUUUUGGAGAAAAUGAUUCUGGAUUGUCGUUCAAGGAAAUUCGACGUCGUGAUCCAUUGUUUUCUUUACCCGACUUUGUAGCUGAGGUUCAGGAAGUAAUCAAGCCAGUUCUGAAAGCUUACAUCAAGGGGGACUUUAAAGUCUUGGAGAAAUACUGUAGCUCUGAAGUAGUGGAGCGGUGUAAAGCAGAGCAUAAAGUCUUUCAAAGCCAGGAUAUCUUCUUUGAUAAUAAGAUUUUGCAUGUGUCUGAGGUGGAUGUAAGAGAGACUAAAAUGAUGGGUUCUAGUCCCAUUAUUAUUCUUUCAUUCCAAACACAGCAAGUGUAUUGUGUACGCAAUAGACAAGGUUCAAUAAAGGAAGGAAGUCAGGACACUAUCCACAGUGUAUAUUACUUGUGGGCUAUGCAACAAAUGGAGCCAGAAGAAAUCAAUGAGGAUGCUAUUUACUCGAUGUGGAGGCUAAGGGAGAUGCAACAAGUUGGUGUCGCGGCUCUUAUAUAGGGUGCACCUUAUACAUAAUUCUCUUCUUUUACUUGAUGGACGUGUUGUAUCACUUCUCGGGGAUUUUAACUUCUACAGGGAAGUUCUUUUUGAGUAGGCAUAUUCACAUUAUUUUUUAGGCAAUCCUCCUAUUCAUUAAGGGAAAUGAGAAAAAACAAGUGUAAGGAAAUUAUUUAGCUGUGAAUCCUGCACAAUGCAAUUUUGUGGAAGUUAAUAUUUUAAUAAAAUAAAUAUUUCUUAAAAAAAAAAAAAAAAACAAAAAAAGAUACAAGGCUGCAUUUUGCUUUCAUGGAGUUUUUUUAGUUUACCAAGUUACUAAAUAUUUUGUUGCUCCCUUCUUUUAUACAUC